GCCCCGAACCUCCUCCCCCGGAGCCUUCAGUGCCCACACCAUUCCCCUCUAUCACUGUCACCCUUGGCAGUUCGCUCACUUCAUUCGAUAGGACGACGUCACCUUCUUUAUGGUGGACGUGACGGAUCUCUUACACUAUGAUCCACCCUGUCCCGACGCCGAGCUCAUCCCUCUGGAGUCAGAUCCUCCCUCUAUCUCCAUGGCUCCCAUCUCUACUUUCGUCCCUCCACCGUUCGUCGAGUCCACCCCGCCGUCGGGCGCUGACGAUGACGCUGAGGAACUCGCACGAUAUACGGCUGACCUGGAGCCCGCAGUUCGUGACCUCAUCCGCGAGUACCACGGCGUUUUUCCAUCGUCGUUCUCGUACGCCGGCAUCCCACCGAUGCGUGACGUCGAGCACUCCAUUCAACUUGUGCCUAACUAUCGUGUUCACAACCAGGCACCCUACAGACUCUCGAUUCCGGAGGCCACCGAACUCAAGCGUCAACUUGAGGAGCUCCUGAGAUUGGGUUUCAUUAAACCCAGCAACUCCCCGUGGGGUGCACCCGUCCUCUUUGCUCGCAAAGCGGAUGGAACUCUCCGUCUCUGCAUCGACUAUCGCGGUCUCAACCGCUACACGGUUAAGAACAGCUACCCCAUGCCUCGUCCCAAUGAGUUGUUCGACCGCCUAGCAGGCAACCGCUUCUUUACGAAGAUUGAUCUUCGUAGCGGUUACCAUCAGAUCCGCGUCGCUGCAGCCGACCAGCCGAAGACAGCGUUCCGAUCGCGCUUUGGCCACUACGAGUUUACGGUGAUGCCAUUCGGCCUCACCAAUGCACCCGCCACCUUCCAGAGGUCGAUGAACGACAUCUUCAGGGACAUCCUGGAGCAAUACGUUCUCAUCUACCUCCACGAUAUCCUGGUCUACAGUCGUACCCUUGAGGAGCACCUCAGACACCUCCACGACGUCCUUGAUCACUUGCGCAGAUAUGGCUUCUACGCCAAGCUGAGAAAGUGCCGCUUUGCCCAGCACAAAGUGRAUUUCUUAGGACACUACGUGUCUGACCAGGGUCUCCACAUGGACGACGCGAAGAUCACUGCUAUUGCGGAUCGAGACGACGAUCUGAAUUUGAUGACACGUUUCGCCAUCGCCGCAGAGAUCUUGACUUCGCAGGUGAUCAAGCUUGAAGUGGUUGUGUCGUGCGUCAUGUCGUCCCUUGGUUCUGGACGCGACAAGUCCGCCGCCAAUCUGGCAGUGGAAGCGGAUGCCCGGGAGAAAAAGGGCUGCCACAUUGCGAACAAGAAGAGGAAGCUCGUCCAAGGCAGCUCCUCACUUGCGAGGUAUGUCGAGGAUGAACAGUGGGUGUCGGAGGGGGUGGCGUCGCAGGUGGAAAGCGACUUCGAGGAAGAGGAGGAAGUAUCGUUGAAGCGGAAGUCCUCGAGGCGGGGAAGUGGAGGCCCACGGAUUGAGGACGGCGGGGGAACUGCCAUCGCACAGCAAAAUCGCGCGCCCGUGCCACAUGUGAAUGACGACCAGGCCGCACAAGAGGGUGUUGUCCUCGCACGAACACCAGCAACCCCGAGGGCGACGACGGCUACAGACAUUGGCAUGAAUGCGCAAGCCAUUGCUCAGGCGAACAAGAGUCGCUCUCCUGCGCUAGAGGUGCGCGGGGCCGCAUCGGGAAGGGGCGAGGGCAAGCAGAACCACAGCGGGGGGGCUGCGCAAGUGGGGGAAGGGGCGAGGGCAGGCAGUGGCGCAGUGGCGGGGGCUUCACACGCGGCUGAAGUAGUGAGGGCGGCCGGGGUCAAGGCAGGGAGGGGUCCACAUGCGGGGGAAGGGGCGAGGGCAGGCGAUGUCGUCGGACCAAGGGAGGGCGACGAAGCGCUGGUGAACAGGGUGCGUCACCGGUAUAUGCGGGAUGGAAUCGAGGCGGCGUCGAAGCUGUGGGUGGAUGACCUCCACUUCAAGAACGAAACAGAAGGGAACGACAUAGUGAAGUUGAUACAGGAAGCGCGCCUGUAUCUUGUGGCGGUGGCGCAGGGAGUGCAGCCUCCAGCCGUUCGUCGAAGCAUCGUCUUGCCUCAUACCACCAUCCUACAACACAAAAUCGACGACGAAUCGGAGUUGAACUCUGCGAAGGAGAGGGCGUUCAAGGUGCAAACCAUCGCUUUGCGGGUGAUCCACGGGUGGGUCUUCAAGUCGACGAGCAGGCAACGGGGGUACCACGCUGCGUACGGGUACGUGUUGAACCACGCGGCCACUUACAUCGCUCGGGUGAUCUGGAUGGGUGAGGACUGGCGUAUAUGUGUGAGCCCCACGGUGUUCCACAUUACGCUGGACAUAGAUACGAAGCUGCCACCGUGGUUCGUCGGCACCGACAUCGAAGACAGACACGAGAACGACGAGUUGGCGGCUUAUCAGGAGGCGAGCAUCCAGCGACGAGUGGGGGCUUUCACGAGCGCUGUAAGCAUGGCGGAGGGGAUCGACGACGGUCGGGUGUCACACGAAAGGUUGAAGAGCAUUGCCGAUGCGAUGAGGAUCAUGCUCGCGACGACCAUGUGGCUCAUGCGGAUGAGCGGGGAUGAUCAUCCCGCGCAUUACGAGGUGUGGGUGUUCGUCCAACUGACAACAAAGUCGACGCUCAUCGCAUCCAUGAAUCGCUCAUUUGAUGCGCGUCGCCAUAUCGUCCAAGCUGCGACCGUCAUCACGUACAAGUUGGCCAAACCCCCCAUGACUUUGGUAGCCCCUUCAUUGUACAUCCCCGUCUGGGCGUCAAUCGGCGUGAAGUUCUCACAUGACGCCACGUUGUCUUCCCCCAUGGAGGCAAAGAAGCUCGAUUGGUUGGGCACAGGCCGACCCGAAGACGAAGAUGACGACAAAGCCGACGACGAAAGGAGUGGGGGGGGUUGAUGACGCGUUCAUGGUGCCCGUCCUCGACGUCGCCAUCGCAGGGUGGGAUGGGGUGGUUGUCCUAUUUCCCGGA